AUGGCUUCCGAACCGACCGAGGAAGCCAUCACCAGCUUCGUCAGUUUCACAAGCACGACACGCGAGCAAGCCAUCGCCUUCUUGAAGGCAAACAACCUUGACUCACAAAAAGCGAUCAACGCCUACUUCGAAGAUCCAACAGGGUCUCAACUAAAGCCAAUAACCAGCUACUGGAAUGACAACAGGGGCUCUUCAUGGGAUUUUGCCCAACAAGACAAUGCGCCACCAAUGCCAGCGACAGCACCACCCUCUCGUCCCCCUUCCCGAACAGACAUACGCGACCCGGAACAAAAUACUGGAUAUCAAGAUUCUGUGGCGAUCGCUCCGAAGGAAGGCUCCGGACAAAAUCUCAGUCUAGCAGAACGCGAAGAAAAGGAAUUGCAGCAGGCAGUUGCUAUGUCAUUGAAUUCGGAUAUAGGACAGCAGGAAACCGGAGUGACGUCAAAUACACAGUCGCAGUUCAACAAAGCAACCCGAGAUCACUACGAAGAAGGUGCUUGGGCGAUGACUUUAUUCAACACAUCAUCUGAAGAAGUCAUGAUUAGCCCAGAUCCAGAAGACCGCAAAAGAGUGGAGGGCGAACCUGCGUUUAUCCGCCCUAACCCAGACGGCAUUUACCUAGGAGGGCUCUUGACAAUUCUCCACAGUAUUCCUCUCGCGCGAGAAGCCUUGCUCUUGCGGAACAAACCGUUGUUUGACUACGGUCAUGAGUCGCAGUGGUGGAAUGGGCAGCCGAUCAACCUGCCAAAGAUUGUCACAAUGGAUGAUGGCAAGGCCGGUGAUAGCGACUGGGAUGAUAUCAUUCAUGAGACCCAGCGGCUGAUGGCUUUUAUGGAUACUACGAAACGGGCUUUUGGCAGCAGCGACUGUUUAUCAAAGCUUAAAAGCAUGUCAUCCCUUUCGGCAGAUUCGGAGGAGAGCGUCACGAGGUUUUUGGAAGCAUGGCAUAGUGCAGCUAUUCAGGCAGAUCCUGAAAACCCACUGGCAACCAUAUUCACGUCACAUGCAUACAGGAAAGAGUCUUUCGGCCAGUUCGCUGAGCCUGAUAGCAGGGAGCUCUUCACUUUUGAGCCUCCUGUUGAGCAGGACAGUGGCCAAACGCUCUAUGAUGUUUUGGAUUCAGCUUUAUGGUCUGAUAGACCAGGGAAGGAGCUUGACGAUGCAUGGCUUGAACAUUUAGCAGAAGUGUUAGUCGUUAGACUCGAUGCUCUUCAAAAACCAAAUCCUGUUGGUGUGGAUAUCCAUUCUGUGUUCUAUCCAGAUCGGUAUCUUAGCAGCUGCCGAGAUUUUUCUCGUGAGUUCCGCGCAAAGCGACAGCAGAUACAGGGGGAUGUGUUGGAACUCGAACGACUCAUACACCGCUAUACGACUCCGCGGGACGCCGUGGGCAGUUCGACAAUCACGGAACUCCUUGAACAAGCUGCCCAGGCGGUGCCAUUGGUUGCGCCAGAGCGAGUGAGCAAUCCCGUUCAGUCUCCCUCCGGAGCGACAGGUCCAGAGACGAUGCGAGUCGCAGAGGAAUUGAGAACAAUUGCCACAAGAAUAGAAGCCAAGCUCAAAGAACUGGAACUUAGAAAGCAGAGUGCCAUGGAGUCUCUCCGUGAAAUAUCAAAGACACUUACCGAACCUCCCAAGUCACCUUCCGAGCCUCCUGUCUACAAGUAUAUGCUACGAGGCGUAUGCACCGAACCGCAUGUGACUUAUGUUUUAUCGAAUCCGAAAACGACCGCCCCAGGUCACUUAAUGGAUAUGGACUCGGAUACUGAAAACAGCAAUGACUAUCAGUGGUGGCGAAUCAGCUUCUCGGCAGAAGAUGGAAAGACCCGACAAGCCGAGAAACAGAAAUCCCAAGGCGACACUGCAGCCACACAGGAUGGCGGGGUUGUUGGCUACACCGUUCGGAAAGUUCAGGAGAUUGAAGUGCUCCAGGCCGCUCGUGAAGAAUGGAGUUCUGUCUUACUCGUGUAUGCGAGCGAGAAUGCAGUGAACGCACAAGUGGAUCCUGCGCCGUCACAGCUUCAGGGCUUCGUGAAUAGAGACAACGAUGCCUUUAGAGGUGAAUUCGAGAAUACCCCUACCAUAAUCUUUAGCGACCAAGAAGAUUCCUGGGUGGAGUCGAACGAUGUGGAAACCCAGCACAAAGCACAGCAGCCUGAAAUGGCAGAGAAGGCCACACAGGUGAAUGUCUUUGACUAUGAGGUCUCCGGGUUCGACGAUGAGCCAAAGCCCAGCCAAGAGAUGCAGGAGAAGGGUGGAGCGAGCCUCUUAGGUCAUCACGCCGCCGCAACCAAUUCCACCGCGCCUACUGCCUCGCAAGUUGAUCCAGAGUGGAAUUAUGCAGAUGAUGAUGGCACAGUGCACCAUCUUGAGCAUGUGAAGUAG